GAUCCGGCCUGGGGGAAAGGGAUGAAUGUUAAUUUCAAAGAUGGCGGCGGAGGGAGGAGGGAAGGAGAUGAACGAAAUUAAAACUCAGUUCACCACUCGGGAAGGCGUCUACAAACUCCUCACUCACUCCGAAUACAGCCGUCCCAACAGGGUGCCUUUCAACUCGCAAGGUUCUAACCCCGUCAAGGUCUCCUUCGUGAACGUCAACGACCAGUCGGGUAACGGCGACAGGAUCUGUUUCAAUGUGGGCCGUGAGCUCUACUUCUACAUCUACAAAGGCGUUAGAAAGGCGGCCGACUUGAGCAAACCGAUAGACAAGCGCAUUUACAAAGGAACGCAGCCCACAUGCCAUGACUUCAACCACCUCACGGCCACGGCAGAGAGCGUCUCCCUGCUGGUGGGCUUCUCUGCUGGGCAGGUGCAGCUCAUCGACCCCAUCAAGAAGGAGACGAGCAAACUGUUCAACGAGGAGAGGUUGAUCGAUAAAUCCCGGGUGACGUGUGUGAAGUGGGUUCCGGGCUCAGAGAGCCUGUUCCUGGUGUCACACGCCAGCGGCAGCUUGUACCUGUACAACGUGGAGCACACCUGUGGCACGGCGCCGCCGCACUACCAGCUGCUGAAGCAGGGCGACAGCUACUCCGUCCACACCUGCAAGAGCAAAUCCACACGCAACCCACUGCUGAAGUGGAGUGUCGGCGACGGCGCGCUCAACGAGUUCGCCUUCUCGCCCGACGGGAAGUUCCUGGCCUGCGUGAGCCAGGACGGCUUCCUGCGCGUCUUCAACUUCGACGCGGUGGAGCUGCACGGCACCAUGAAGAGCUACUUCGGCGGCCUGCUGUGCGUGUGCUGGAGCCCCGACGGGAAGUACAUCGUGGCGGGCGGCGAGGACGACCUGGUCACCGUCUGGUCCUUCCUGGACUGCCGCGUCAUCGCCCGCGGACACGGCCACAAGUCGUGGGUGAGCGUGGUGGCGUUCGACCACUACACCACCAGCGUGGAGGAGAGCGACCCCAUGGAGUUCAGCGGCAGCGACGAGGACUUCCAGGACCAGAUGGUCCAGUUUGGGCGGGACCGCGCCAACAGCACGCAGUCCCGCCUCUCCAAGCGCAACUCCACGGACAGCCGACCUGUCAGCGUGACGUACCGCUUCGGCUCGGUGGGCCAGGACACGCAGCUGUGCCUCUGGGACCUCACCGAGGACAUCCUGUUCCCCCACCUGCCCCUGUCUAGGACUCGGACGCACACCAACGUGAUGAACGCCACGGGGCCACCCGCCGGCGCCGCCAUCAUCUCCUCCAGCAACACUACGAACGGAAACAACGGCAGUGCCAACACACCGGGCGUCACCACGCUGCCGCGCUCCAACAGCCUGCCGCACUCGGCCGGCACCGCCAACAGCACCGCCAAGACCUCUGGCACCGGCGGCGGCACCGGCGUCACAGGCGGCGGCAUCAUGGACAGCGCCAUCGCCACUGGUGUCAGCAAGUUUGCCACGCUUUCCCUGCACGACCGCAAGGAGCGGCACCACGACAAGGACCACAAACGCAACCACAGCAUGGGUCACAUCAGCAGCAAGAGCAGCGACAAGCUCAACCUGCUGAGCAAGAGCAAAACGGACCCGGCCAAGACGCUGGGCACGCUGCUGUGCCCGCGCAUGGAGGACGUGCCGCUCCUCGAGCCCCUCAUCUGUAAGAAAAUAGCACACGAGAGGCUGACUGUACUCAUAUUUUUAGAGGACUGUUUAGUGACUGCUUGUCAGGAGGGAUUUAUUUGCACAUGGGCGAGGCCAGGCAAAGUGGGUUUAUUGUCAUCCCAAAACCAAGCCAGCUCUCCCAGUGGAACAGUAGUAUAGCCAGAAUAUUUCUGCUGCAACCCAGAGUCUGAUGCUGCUCUUCACCUGCAAGCAUUGCAAGUUUUCCUGUUUUCUUUUAUUCCCGGUUCUGCUGUUUGUCACUGGAGUUAGAGGAGCACCGCGACCUUUCUGCCGUCGCACCGCUCCUCUUUUCUACUCACUUUUAACACGUUUUAGAUUUUUUUUUUCUUUUUAUUAAUUGUCAGAUUUGUCAGAUCUCAGACUGUUAUCCCAGACGGUUUAUUUCCUUAAGAACCACCGACUGAAAUACACAUUUUGGAACAACUUUAUUAAAAAAACAUUACGUCCAUCUUUAUCCUCCCACCAUUUCUGUCUCCUGUGACUAGAAAUCUCCCCAUUAAUGACUUUGCACUGAUUUUCUUUAGUUUUUUAUACUCUGAUGGAGACACGGAGGGUUGGCUGCCUUGUUGCACUCGGCUGAAGGCGGAACGCUGCAAUCAGUCUUUUUAAAGGAAAAAUGGUUUGCACUUAAAUUAGCUUAUUAGAAGAAAAUAAUGGCUUUACAUUGUUGGGUGUGCUAAGAACUUACAAAUGGCUAAUACGGUAGGUGAAGAAAAUGCUAAAAAAUAUUAAAACCUUUAUCUAUUGAGCAUUUAUUUUAAUAUUAUUUCAGAUUCAAAUCUGCUCUGUAUCAUAAUGUGUAUAUUGUAAUUAACUGAUUUGAUGGGGGCCUAAGCAAACUACCAUUACUCCAGUGGAAGUUUUGUCAUUGAUAGUUAUAUUUCUAAAGCCUAAAGUAUACAUAUUAAUAAUAUUAAAAUAAUCUUGAAUA